AAAUUAGAGCAUCGAAAAAAAUACCCACGUUUGUCUUCUCCCACCCGCACCCCUUUCUUUGUUUAUAAAUAGUCUCCCGCUUCUGUUGGAUUUGCAUAUCAUACUCUUUGCUCUCUGCUAUUUCACCUACCAAACUUUAAUUACACAGACUACUAUUUCACAUAUAUCACUCGCGAUGGCUCCAGCAACUGCAGAAUCAAUCAAGCCUAGAGAUGUUUGUGUUGUUGGUGUUGCCCGUACUCCGAUGGGUGGCUUCCUUGGCUCUCUUUCAUCAGUUUCAGCGACUAAACUUGGAUCAAUCGCCAUUGCUGGUGCUAUUAAGAGAGCAAAUAUUGACCCAGCACUUGUAGAAGAAGUUUUCUUCGGAAAUGUCCUCAGUGCAAACUUGGGGCAGGCUCCAGCUAGACAAGCCGCAUUGGGUGCAGGGAUACCCAAUACAGUGAUAUGUACUACCGUCAACAAAGUUUGUGCAUCUGGAAUGAAAGCAACUAUGCUUGCAGCACAAAGUAUACAGUUGGGCAUCAAUGAUGUUGUUGUUGCUGGUGGAAUGGAAAACAUGUCUAAUGUCCCCAAAUAUUUUGCAGAAGCAAGGAAGGGAUCUCGUCUAGGUCAUGAUAGUCUUGUUGAUGGAAUGCUUAAAGAUGGUUUGACGGAUGUCUACAAUGAUUGUGGUAUGGGAGUUUGUGCUGAAAUAUGUGCUGAGAAUCACAAAAUCACAAGAGAGGAUCAGGAUAACUUUGCAGUUCAAAGUUUUGAACGUGGUAUUGCUGCACAGGAAGCUGGUGCAUUCACAUGGGAGAUUGUGCCGGUUGAGGUCCCUGGUGGAAGAGGAAAACCAUCUACCAUUGUUGAUAAGGAUGAAGGUCCCGGAAAGUUUGAUGGCGCAAAAUUGAGGAAACUCCGACCAAGUUUCAAGGAAAAAGAUGGUACUGUGACGGCUGGUAACGCUUCUAGCAUAAGUGACGGUGCUGCCGCACUAGUUUUAGUAAGUGGAGAAAAAGCUGUAAAACUUGGACUAGACGUGAUUGCUAAGAUCUCAGGAUAUGCAGAUGCUGCACAGGAACCCGAACUUUUUACAAUUUCACCUGCUAAAGCAAUUCCAAAAGCCAUCAAAAGUGCUGGUUUAGAGGAGUCUCAAAUUGAUUACUACGAAAUUAACGAAGCUUUUGCGGUAGUAGCUCUAGCAAAUCAAAAGCUGCUUGGUCUUAAUCCAGAAACAAUUAAUGUACAUGGUGGAGCUGUUUCUUUGGGGCAUCCUCUUGGAUGUAGCGGAGCUCGUAUAUUGGUUACUCUACUUGGGGUAUUGAGACAGAAAAAUGGCAAAUACGGAGCUGCUGGUGUUUGCAAUGGAGGGGGAGGUGCCUCGGCCCUUGUUGUAGAACUUAUGUAAUACAUUUCUUCAGUCCUUUGGAACAACUGUGGUGUGAGAACGAGAAGAAUUUAUAUUUACAGUGAAUACAAGAGACUAUCACUGAGAUGACCAUGCGGCAAAAGUGUUAACUAGAUUGUAAAUGUGAUUCUGUAAUAAUCGUUUGUAACUCAAUUUGAAAAUCCAGCAGGGAAAUCUGCCCAGGGAGAAAUGCUAGCCGAUAGUUGAACAACUUUAGCAUCAACGAUACUUUUUUAAUUAGGCACCUAAAAAUUAACCACCUCUAUAAGCUAGCAAUUCUCCCCUCAUUUACCGUGAAACAUUAGUUUAGCUCAGGUGCAAAGCUUAACGAUUCACACUUCCUUUGUUCUUCCACAUGCACUGAGAGUUGUUGCUCAUAUCCUUAGUCGUUGAAUGUUUGAUCGUUGAAA